GAAGAGUGGCAGCCUACUGACAGACGCUGGACGACACGGAGUUUGCUGAGACGCUGUUUGUACUAUACACAAGGAUAAUACUCACUUCUAACUUGUGGAUUUGUUAAUUUUAUCUUUGGAUACGCGUUCUUCCUUUACGCACGGAUAACUUUUCAAGUUCUGAUGCUGCCUCCGGACAAUGAGAGAAACGCUCACAAUGAAAUUCGCCUGGAAAAGUAAAAUGAGCUCGGUGCAGGACUGGGGGGAGGAAGUUGAGGAAGGAGCCAUCUACAAUGUGACACUGAAGCGCGUUCAAAUCCAACAGGCGGCCAACAAGGGGGCACGAUGGCUAGGGGCGGAAGGGGACCGAUUACCACCUGGACACACAGUGAGCCAACUGGAGACCUGUAAGAUCCGCAGUAUCCGAGCUGGGACACUGGAGCGGCUGGUCGAGACGCUUCUCACGGCAUUUGGAGACAAUGACCUCACCUACACCUCCAUCUUCCUGUCCACCUACAGAGCCUUCGCCAGCACACAGACUGUAUUAGAGCUAUUGUUAGACAGAUAUGGAAGUUUGGAGGAAAAUACGGAAACAAAUCGGUGCCAAAGUACUGAGACCAGGGGAGCUAUCAGAAAUGCUCUGACAUCGAUACUUCGUGCCUGGUUAGAUCAGUGUCCAGAGGACUUCCAGGAGCCCCCAGAAUACCCCUGUCUGCACCGCCUCAUACAGUACCUGUGUAAGGCCCAGCCGGGGUCUGAGACUCUGAGGCGUGCACAGAGUCUGCUUGAGCAGCUACAAAGUCAGGCCAAUAUGGACGACUGUGACGGUUUCCAUGGCAACUCUUCCUUCUGUUUGGGCGAGGAGGAGGAAGUGGAGAUAGAGGCUCAGGAGAACUUCCUGUCGUUCGACGCUGACCUCGUGGCAGAGCAGCUAACCUACAUGGAUGCACUGCUGUUUAAAAAGGUUGUGCCUCACCACUGCCUGGGUUCGAUCUGGUCUCAGAGGGAUAAGAAGGACUGUAAGCACAGCGCCCCUACUAUAAAAGCCACUAUCAUGCAGUUCAAUGCCGUGGCAGCCUGCGUGGUCAGUACUGUGCUAAAACAUAGGCAGAUUCGGCCACAUGCCAGAGCCAGGGUGAUACAAAGAUGGAUCGAUAUUGCUCAGGAGUGCAGAAUACGAAAGAACUUCUCAUCUUUGCGAGCCAUCGUUUCAGCUCUACAGUCCAACCCUUUGUACAGACUGAAGAAGGUGUGGGCCUGUGUGAACAAAGACUGUAUGCAGACGUUUGAGGAGCUGUCUGAUAUAUUCUCAGAUCACAACAACUACCUGACCAGCAGAGAGCUACUAAUGAGGGAAGGCACUUCAAAGUUUGCCAGUCUAGAGAGCUGUGCCAAGGAACACCAAAAACGCACCCACAAAAGACUCCAGCUGCAGAAGGAAAUGGGAGCAAUGCAAGGAACAAUACCAUACCUGGGCACUUUCCUAACAGACCUGACCAUGCUUGAUACAGCUCUACCUGACGAAGUGGAGGGUGGCCUCAUUAACUUUGAGAAGAGACGAAGGGAGUUUGAAGUCAUAGCUCAGAUCAAGCUGCUCCAGUCCGCCUGUAACAGCUACUGCCUUCACGCAGACUCAGCUUUCCUGCGAUGGUUCAAGAGCCAGCCUCAGCUCAGCGAAGAAGAAAGCUACGCCUUAUCCUGUGAAAUUGAAGGGCUCGGUGACAGCAGUCCAACUUCGCCCAAACCACGAAAAAGCAUGGUGAAAAGACUUAGUCUACUUUUUCUUGGAGCAGACAGCAGUGCUGCCAGUUCUCCAGUGAAAGAGACCCCACGCUCGCCUCCUACUGGCAGCUCGGGGGAAAGCAUGGACUCUGUCAGCGUGUCAUCCAGUGACUCGGGCAGCCCAUCAGACAGUGAAGUACUGACCCCUAUCCACUCCAGUGAUGCUCAAAUUAAGCUAUCAGAUUCCUCCUCCUGUGCAUCCUUACACUCCACGGACACAGCCUCAUCGACCACCAGUGUUUCCAUGACACCCGUGUCUCCCUCACACGUGGGUCAUCACUGCACCCAUCGCCGCUCUGUUUCCCUCACUCCAAUGUCUCCCAGCUCUCCCACCCAGACCCUGCUCUACAACACACAAGCCCAGGACGCAUGCAUCAUCAGAGUCAGUUUGGAAAAUGGCAAUGGAAACCUUUACAAGAGCAUACUGUUAACCAAUCAAGACAAAACUCCAGCUGUGAUUGCGAGAGCGAUGGCAAAGCAUAACCUGGAAGUAGAGCAAGGCGAGGGAUAUGAGUUGGUGCAAGUCAUUUCUGAUGAGAAAGAGCUGGUAAUUCCUGACAAUGCCAAUGUGUUUUAUGCCAUGAACACAUCUGCAAACUUUGACUUCCUGCUCAGAGUUCGGGGGUCAGCCGGGCGACCAGUCCAACUGCGGAGCCGCUGCAGCACCACAGUGCCACGGCAGCACCGCUCCAGUCUGUCCCUGCGGCUCAGCAAAGUGACUCUGUGACACAAACCCCAAAUGAGAACUGGACCUGUGCUGAAAAACAAGCUCUUUGUGAUCAUGAAGAAAAUGGACAGAUCCUGAGCUCUUGCACACCUUCUCCGUACUGUGCCAUGUUUCAUGUUCUUAAGUUUGUAGCACUUAAAUCAGAAACACGGACCAGUAGCACGACUGUUGUGCCAGUGGACCUCUUCUUGGGGUGUUGUGCCUGUAUCUAAGUGGGGAAGUGCGACCCCUGGUGGCACUUACUUCCAAUUGCAACAGGUUUUUGCACAUGUUUUGGGAGCAGCCAAACUCCUGACCUCUAACAGUAUUCUAAAGACUUUAUAAAAUAUCCUGUGAUGUUUUCUAUGUUAUUAGAAGUAUUGAGGCAAACUGACUGUUAUGCCUAUAUAAUUGAAUGGACAUUGUACAGAUUUCUGGAUGAUAUGAAUUAAUUGACAGAAGCUGUAAUGUCUGAAUCUGUUGCUGCUUGUGGCGUGUGCACAGUGUGUAUGUGUAUCCCCCUCUCAUAUUGUGAGCUAUUUGACGAAUGCACUGGUGAUGCAUUCUGACUGGUUCAGUUACUUGGUUUUAACAAGUCCUUGGUAAAUAUUAAAAUGGCCUUAGCCACCCUAUCUUCUGGGUGAAAUGAAAAAAUGAAAUGUGUGCUACUUUCUCUAAAUGAUGACCCUCUGCACGUCCACACUGAAGGAGGUGAAUGAGGGUUUGAAUUAGUGGAAAUGAAAGUGUCUUAGAGCCAGUGGAUGUUUUAUGAUACCUCUGUGCCCUUCAGUGUUGAUCUACAGUUGCACUUGUCAGUUGAAGGAGAUGCCAAUGCGAUGUGAAUACUGAAGUAGGAAUCUUCCACUAAUGUUGUGGACUAGUUUCCUUCUUCACCUAAUGAAGUAUUAUUUUUGUUUGUCUUUUUUAUGUUUUUGUAAUUCAGGUGAAUAUAAGCCAGAUUGGAGUAUGUUAAAUGGUUUUCAGUAUAUGUUUCAUUUCAGACUGUCAGAUAACUGUGAUCUGUUUGUUAUUUUAUGAACCACUUUACAACCUUCUACAGUUCAUUUGCAUAACUUAUGUGUAUUUUCCCCAACACUGUCUCAUCAUAGUCACACCUUGGCAUGAUACUGACAUGUCGACAAAUGACUACAAAAAUGCGCUGUUUACCUGUUUCUGUGUUUAAACAUGUAAUUCAGCUGGUCCUCUUAUACAGCACUUUGCUCUGUUCAUUUAAAGUAUUUUCUCCACUGCCAAAGACUCCUUUCUGAGCAAAUAAAAUAUUAUCUUUGCAUAA